AUGUCUGAAUACGUAAUUGUUGGUUCUGGUAUCAUAGGCUUGUACACUGGAUACAAACUUCUAGAGUCUGGAGUGCCCGGUGAAUCCAUCACUGCUGUGGCAGAAUUCUUACCUGGCGACGAGUCUAUCAAAUACACUUCUCCUUAUGCGGGAGGAAAUUUCUCCGGAAUCACUGGUGAUGAUCCUGACUCGUUGAAGUUCGAUAAGCACACUUACGAAAAUUUGCCCAAGUUGCAAAAGCUUUUGGGUGGGCCCCUGUGUGGCUUAGAUAUGCUCCCAGCAACCGAAAUCUGGGAUAAUGUCAAGUCGAAGAAAAUUGACUCUUUGAAGCAGUAUCUCAAGGACUACCAGGAAAUUAAGCAAGAAGAAUUGCCUGAGGGUGCCAAGUUUGGAGUAAAAUUCACCACCUGGAACUUCAAUUGUCCUAAGUUCUUGAGUAAUGUCCAGAAAUUCCUUCUUUCCAAGAAAGUCACUUUCAUCCGUAAAAACUUGACCCAUAUAACUCAGGCAUUCGGUCCUGCAACCAAAUGUGUGUUCAAUUGCACCGGAAAUGGUGCCCGAUUCCUUGGUGGAGUUCAGGACGCCAAAGUGUAUCCUACAAGAGGACAGGUGGUUGUCAUUAAGGCUCCUCACAUCAAUGAGAACAUGAUUAGAUGGGGAGAUAACUAUGCCACCUACAUAAUCAAGAGACCAUAUUCACAUGAUCAGUUGAUUCUUGGUGGUUUUCUCCAGAAAGACGACUGGACUCCAGAUACUCUCUCUGAGCAAACAGAAGAUAUACUUUCCAGAACAACUACUCUAUUGCCAAAGAUUUUGAACCAGAAUCCACAUGGGCCAAACAUUGAAGAUUUGGAAAUUGUGAGAGUGGUGGCUGGAUUGCGUCCCAGCAGACAUGGAGGUGUCAGAAUUGAAAAAGAAGUGCUAGAUGGAAAGUUGUUGAUUCACAAUUACGGUGCUGGAGGGUAUGGAUAUCAGUCGGGUUUGGGAAUGGCAGAUAAAGCUGUGAAGUUAGCAUUGGGCCAGAGUAAACUUUAA